UGAGGUGGAGACUUAUGGUGAAUGUAGUGACACUUAUUUUGGUCUUAACUGUACACAAAGAUGCAGCAAAAACUGUACAAACCAGCUAUGUGAUCAAGUCAAUGGUAUAUGUUACAGUUGUUCUCCUGGAAAACAAGGAGCGUUUUGUGAUCAAGACUGUAACGACACCUUUUACGGCCAGAACUGUAUACAAAGAUGUAGCACCAACUGCACAAACCAACUGUGUAACAAUGUUAUUGGUACCUGUAACAGUUGUGUUGUUGGUAAAAAUGGAAGCUUAUGUGAUGAGGAAUGUAGUGACACUUAUUUUGGACUUAACUGUACACAAAGAUGCAGCAAAAACUGUACAAACCAGCUAUGUGAUCACGUCAAUGGUAUAUGUUACAGUUGUUCUCCUGGAAAACAAGGAGCGUUUUGUGAUCAAGACUGUAACGACACCUUUUACGGCCAGAACUGUAUACAAAGAUGUAGCACCAACUGCACAAACCAACUGUGUAACAAUGUUAUUGGUACCUGUAACAGUUGUGUUGUUGGUAAAAAUGGAAGCUUAUGUGAUGAGGAAUGUAGUGACACUUAUUUUGGACUUAACUGUACACAAAGAUGCAGCAAAAACUGUACAAACCAGCUAUGUGAUCACGUCAAUGGUAUAUGUUACAGUUGUUCUCCUGGAAAACAAGGAGCGUUUUGUGAUCAAGACUGUAACGACACCUUUUACGGCCAGAACUGUAUACAAAGAUGUAGCACCAACUGCACAAACCAACUGUGUAACAAUGUUAUUGGUACCUGUAACAGUUGUGUUGUUGGUAAAAAUGGAAGCUUAUGUGAUGAGGAAUGUAGUGACACUUAUUUUGGACUUAACUGUACACAAAGAUGCAGCAAAAACUGUACAAACCAGCUAUGUGAUCACGUCAAUGGUAUAUGUUACAGUUGUUCUCCUGGAAAACAAGGAGCGUUUUGUGAUCAAGACUGUAACGACACCUUUUACGGCCAGAACUGUAUACAAAGAUGUAGCACCAACUGCACAAACCAACUGUGUAACAAUGUUAUUGGUACCUGUAACAGUUGUGUUGUUGGUAAAAAUGGAAGCUUAUGUGAUGAGGAAUGUAGUGACACUUAUUUUGGACUUAACUGUACACAAAGAUGCAGCAAAAACUGUACAAACCAGCUAUGUGAUCACGUCAAUGGUAUAUGUUACAGUUGUUCUCCUGGAAAACAAGGAGCGUUUUGUGAUCAAGACUGUAACGACACUUUUUACGGCCAGAACUGUAUACAAAGAUGUAGCACCAACUGCACAAACCAACUGUGUAACAAUGUUAUUGGUACCUGUAACAGUUGUGUUGUUGGUAAAAAUGGAAGCUUAUGUGAUGAGGACGCCCAAAAAAAUGCAGUUUUGA